AAAGAUUUAUUGGACCAUUUCUUGUUACUUUUAUUACAAAUAUGAGUAAUUUAUUAUAUUUAUUAAGCAUAAAAAAGUGAUGAUUUUAUCUACUUCUAUAUGUUGUUAUUUCAAUUCACAAGGUAUUUUGAAAUUACUUUCCCCUUGAUAUGGACGUAUUUCUGCGACAGACAGCAACGGUUGAUAAUGAAGACUCACGUGACAAGGUACAGGAUAAUAAAGAGGGAAAGAUUAUACUUGAACAACUUGCUGACUAUGUUUCUAAGAAGACAAUGAAAGAUUUCGCUGACGAGUUUAAGUCACUACCAAACACCUUAAUAAAGUCGUAUGAUGAUUCACAAAAAAGCGAAAACAUUUCUAAAAAUAGAUACAAAGGAAUAUAUCCGUAUGACUACAAUCGAGUUGUUCUGGAUGAUGGUGACUCAGAUUACAUAAACGCAAGCUACAUUAAUGGAUAUAAUAAGAUCAAAGCCUACAUUGCCUCGUCCGGUCCGACCUAUAAAUACAUGGGCGAUAUGUCAGCGUUUUGGAUAAUGGUUUGGCAGGAAAAUGUCGGAAAAAUUGUUAUGUUGACAAACAUUUCAGACGCUGGGGUACCAAAAUGUGAUCAGUAUUGGCCGAAGGAAGAUUUCAGUCUUACGUUUGCUAACAUACAAGUCACGUGUCAUACUGAAGAGAUAUACACCAACUAUAUAUUCAGGUCAUUUAGUAUUCGAAAAGACAUGGUAACAAGAAAAGUAUUUCAAAUGCACUAUACUGCUUGGCCGGAUGAAGGAACGCCAAUUGACGUCACGAGUUUGAUAGAAUUUCGUCAGAGAAUUAACCAAAUAAAAACUCAGCUAGAUGGUCCAAUAAUUGUACACUGCAGCGCCGGAAUAGGUAGGACUGGUACAUAUAUAGCUUUAGAUAGCAUCAUAAAUGAGGGCGAGACUGAGGGAGCAGUAGAUAUAUACUCAUGUGUAAGGAAUAUAAGGGAACAAAGGGUUAACAUGAUAGAAACAAUUGAACAAUAUGAGUACCUUCAUAACGCAGUUGUUCAGUCACUGACUUAUGACAGCAAUGAUGCCUCGUCCAGGUUUCGUGAAUAUAUGAACACACGAAGUACAGAUCAUUUGGAGAAAUAUGUAUAGGUGCAGAGACUGCAUGGUUCCUUGAAAGGAGAACCAAUAAAGAAUCAGAAGAAUUAGAAAAUAAGGUUCUGACAAAAAAAUCACUGACCUUCCAAACCAUUCUGGGUAUUUAUAAUAAUUUAACAAACUGAUUUAUCUUCUUCUAAGUAGAUAAAUGUAAAAGACAAAAUAUAUGAAAAACGUGUUAUAUUACAUUAUAUAUUCUUGUAUUAAAUGUAAACAUUCACCCUGUCUUUAUUAGACGCCGGGUGCUAGUAGAUAAGUAUACAGCAAUGGGGACAUCAUAGUCUAAUGACGGGAACCAAAUUUGGACAGGCAACCAGGGGUAUGACUUAAAAACACAAAGGAUAUUAUUUAGGCGCAACGGCGCAACAGACUUUUUUUUCAAAACAGGCACAACGUAUUCCUGAAAAUAAUUAACAUUUAAUCAAUAAAAGAAAUUAACUGAGUGAAAAAAGUACGUUUGUUUUAAAAUGUAUCACAAAUAUUUCAAUAGGUUGUUUUGAAGGAUUCUAUGCUGGCACAAUGGCCGCGAUAUUGACAUAUUCUUGGCGCAAAGGAGAUAAUUUUCUGUAAAGGGAACAAUAUAUGGUUAUAGAAAAAAACAACAAAUUAUCAAACUGAGAUAAAUUAUAUUUAUUAAAUGAAGUAUAAACAUGUUUGUUGUAAAUUUCAAUAUGAAAUUUGUUUGUUUGGAAGGUUACAUAUGAAGGUUAAAUGGACUUAUACGGGCUCUCAGCAUAACGGAGACAAUUUUGUUAUUUUAGUAUAAAGAGCACAAUAAAUGUUUUAUAAAUAAAAAUUAUCAAACUAAAAUUUAUUCUAUAUAUUGAAGAUAGUAUCAUAAUGGAAGUUGUCAAGGCUGAUUUUGUACACUACCUGUGACUGUUUACACAGUUUGCUGUUCCUUGAUUGUGUAUUUCGUUGAGUCUAUAAUGUAAAAUGUUUUUGAUAGUGGCCACCCACUACUUAAAACAAGCAAAUCUGUUGCCGAGUACUGGUUAAUACUAACACAACAACCGGAGAUAUAAAGCUUUAUUUAUAUAUUUUAUCAUGGCAUAUACAGUAGAUACAUCAGUAGAUACAUCUGCAGAUGUUUCAAAAUUCCAAAUUUUACCAGCUCAUGUUGAAUGUUGAAUACUGCUUAAGCCGAUGCUAGGGGGCGUGGACGGUAACUUGCACUUUCCAAUACCGUCAAUCAAACCGAGUCUGUAACAUUUUCAAUAUCAUCGUGUCUUUAGGGGUUCUUUGUUUCUCUAUAUUUUAUGAAAAAAAUCACGAUUGACAUAGAUAU